CUAGAUACACCCCCACCGCUUAAAACACAAAAUAUCAUCAGAGGAGGUCAUGGUUACUUCCUCAUGCGUGUGUCAGUAGUUUGGCUAAACUAUUCAUAUUAUCUUGCCGGCGUCUUAGCACCCACAAACCACAGCUUUUGUUAUCUUUGCUGAACGUGUGGAGUAGUCACCCGGCUUCAGGUGCUGUCAAACCAGGUCCAUGUGAGCAGGUUUGAGUGAGAGUUUUUCUCAGUACAGUGUGUAAGUGUUUCUCGUCUCCUCUUGAUGGAAGACUGCGUGGGGCUGUUGCUCUGCUUUGCUGCAGUGUCAUUACUGGCCGCUGCUGCCACAGAAACCAGCAGCACUUACUAUGACACGCUCAAUGUUGAGCCAACAGCCACCGACGUCCAGAUUAAAAAGGCUUUCCGCGAACUGGCAGUGAAGUAUCACCCUGACAAGAGCAAGAGAGCCGACGCCGAGAAGACUUUCAGAGAGAUUACAGAAGCCUAUAAAGUUCUCUCCAACAAGGAGAAGAGGAGAUUCUAUGACAUAGUGGGCCACGAGUCUUUUCUACACAGUCAGGGUUCUGUUGAUGCCGAGCACGAGACACACGCACACUUCACGUUCUCCAACUUCGUCUAUGACUUUGGGGAAAAUCUCUUUGAGAAAUCUCAAUUCCACUGGAACUUUGCUCAGGACUGGGAGGAGGAGGAGGAGGAGGAGGAGGAAGAGGAUGAUGAUGAUGAUAAUCCAUAUGAACAUUACACGUCUGAGGCUCCCAGCUUCAGCUUGUUUUACGGGGAUGAAUUUGAGGACGAGUACACCUUCUAGACAUGUGAUGUCUGUGUUGUACAUCGUGAAUGAUCAUUUUGUUUAGUGUUUUAUCUUUUAUUGUUGAAUACUAUUAAAUUGCUCACUGAA